AUGGCCACACGUUCGGAAAGAAACGAGAUCUUAAACCUCCUCGAAAAUGACUAUCGGGGGGAUUUGGCGAUUCAUCUCUAUUCCUCAAUACUACUUAGAAGAAUAAAUCCGUGCUUCCCCAAGACCAAUUGGAGUUACUGGCCAAUUCCGUUCAGCCAAGUGCCUGUUCCAAAGACUACCUUUAUAUACGCUGACAACUGUAUUGGAAAUGACUAUUUUGGAAAAGAUAUCGAUGCUGAUUACCUUGACGUGGCAGAAAGAAGAAGACGUCUCGAUAAGUCUCUUAUCUUGAAAAUGUCAAAAGCUUGGUGGAAUAGCCAACAUAAGAAAAAGAUUCAUAUGAAAGAAACCAUAAAUGACUCAGAUCCAGGCUCAGAUGCGGGUGUGGGUGCUGAGAUUGAGUAUUCUGAGUCUGAGCCUGAAUUUGAUUCUGCUGUAUCUCAUCUUCUGAGUCCCCUACCUACAUCAACACCUUCAAUGCCAGAUGUCACAAAAGUAUUGGAAGACAACGAGCUUCCGCUGGAAUUUGAUGGCGAUGGCGAUGGUGAUGGCGAUGGUGAUGGCGAUGUAUUUGUAGAUGCCAGUGGUGAAUUUCCCGAAACUCAAUAUACCCAAGAGUCACAAGAUACUCAGGAAACACAAUCUCAACUCACCCAGGAAACUGGUCGAGAACACCGUGAAUAUUUAGAGGAUAUAAGUGACAAUACAGAUGAAGACGAAAGGGUAAUUCUGCUAAAAACGAUGCCCAUUAGGAAAGUCACUUUCACGGAAAAGAUCACCAAUAGUAAGAGUGACUUGGUGAACGAAAUUGCUUCAACCAUAGAGUCAAGGAUCCAUAAACGUAUAUUUGCGAUGAAGCAAUCGGGACAUCUCGAGCCGUAUUUGGAAACCAAAGAUGAUAUAUAUGAGAAUGUUAGAGUGAAGCAGAUGAGCUUUAAGCUAGCAGAUAAAAUCGAUCAGGUGUUGAACAACGUACUGAGUUAUAUCACUCACCAGACUCAGAAAAGUCCUGUUACGUGGCAACACAUUCUUCUUCUGGCAUUGGAGGCGGAAGACUCUUCUCCAUACAGAAAAGUGGACUCUGACCUCUAUGUGGAUGUCUAUGACCACUGUGAAGACUUAUUCGAAAAGAUACGAUACAACUAUGAAUUUGACGAUGAGAUAAAUGAAGAUGAAAAUGAAGAUGAAAAUGAAGAAGAGGAACAUGAAGAGUCAUUGGAUACUUCAGAUAUUAUCACAUCUGAGGGAUUUUCAGUCAACAAGUAUCUUGAAUCGUUAAAAUACCUUACAACAGGAGGCGAUGGCGGAGGACCCGUCCGAUACUACAAAGAUGUUAUACAGUCGUAUGGUGAUCUUCGCGAAGAAGAAGCCCAGAAAAAGACCAAGCUUAAGAAUAUCUUUGAAAACAGAAUUAGAAACGAAGUCAGAACAGAAAGCAUUUCAUGGACAUCGAAGAGGAAAAAGGUUCCCUCUAAUGUGAUGCCCAUAGAAGACGACUUCAGCAAUAUCAAAACUGUCAACUUUCAUUUCUUGAACAACGGAUCCACAGCGUUAAAGGCAGAUUCGUACACAUUGCGGCAUUACCAAUAA